AUGAAGGCAAAUUCUGUGGGCGAUGCUUUAGAACCUGUACAAAAUGAGAAAAAAGACUUUACAACAACAAGAAGUUGGCGUCCUUUAUUGGUCGUAACAUGUUUUUUCACAACUCUGGGUUCUUGCAUACCCGUCGGCUAUUUUCUAGGCAUUAUGAAUGGUCCAGCUAUGUUCAUCAAAGUUUGGUGCUAUGAUACUAUCAGAAGUAAAUAUGGACUCAGUUUAAGCGUCUCGCAAUUAGAUGUCUUAUGGGCUUUGAUUGUGGCUAUCUUCCUUGUAGGCGGCAUAUGUGGCUCAUUGUUUGCGGCUUGGUGUUGCAAUAAAUUUGGAAGAAAAUCUACACUUUUGCUUAGCAAAUUCUUGCUAAUGGCUUCUGGUUGUGUAUUGAUUUUAUGCCGCUACAUGGAUUCGGUGAGUCUGUUACUUUUGGGUCGUUUCAUUGGAGGCGUGGCAGCUGCUUUAAUCACCACAGCUCAUCCUAUGUAUUUAUUGGAAAUAUCGCCAGCCAAUCGCAAGGGCAGUGUGGGUGUAUACACAGCUCUUGGCGUUGCAAUCGGUAUUUGUGUGUCCGAAGUAAUAGGUUUGAAGCAACUUUUCGGCAACGCGGAAUUGUGGCAUUACGCGCUAAGCUUCUAUAUGAUUUUCGUAUUAGGAUCCUUGCCCUCAUAUCGUUGGUUUGUGGAAAGUCCAGAAUGGCUUUUGAAACAUAGGCAACAAGAUUGCUUGGUUGCUCGUAAAGCUUUAAAGGAUCUCUACGGUUCUCAAUCAAUAUCUGUUAUAUAUAAAGAGAAACCUCAAGUAGCCACUAGCGAACCUGUGGAUUCCAAAGAAUUGAGUUUAUUGGCUGUUUUAAGAAAUUCCAACUUUCGGUUGCCUUUGAUAUUGGUGCUAACGUUGCAAGCUUGUCAGCAGUUAUGUGGAAUAAAUGCGGUAUUUUAUUAUUCAGUGGACAUAUUUACAGAGGCCGGUUUUUCCGUCGAUAACGCUAAUUGGAUGAAUUUGGCUUGCGGUUUGCUAAACUGUGCUGCAGCAGCAUUGACUCCUUUCGUAAUAAAUCGCUUUCCCAGAAGAUCGCUAUUAUUCAGUUCUUUGACAGGUUGUUUAGCGACUUCAUUUGGCUUGGCCGUUGGCUUGAAAUACAUUAAAUUUUACAACUGGCUACCGGCUUUAUGCAUAAUAUUUGUUGCUCUAUUUAUCAUAAGUUUUCAAUUGGGGUUAUCUCCGAUACCGUAUUUCAUUGGUUCAGAACUCUUUGAAGACUCUGCUCGGCCUGUGGCCAUGUCGAUGGGGAGUUUUGCUUCUUGGUCAUGCAAUUUUAUGAUAGCUAUGUUUUUCCCUUUAUUGGAAAAUGCCUGGGGUUCAUUUGCUUUUCUUCCUUGUUGCACUGUAUGUAUCUACAGCCUUAUUUUAUCGUGGCGUUAUUUGCCUGAAACUCGACCUUCAAAUCAUGAAAAUAUCUAAGCAUUGAAACUAUAAAGCAUUUAACUCGAAUAUUAAAUAAUAAUAAUAAAAUAUAUUUUUGUAAAUACAAUUAAUUUUAAUUAAAAUCAAAUUCUAUUCCUUUGAAAAAACAAUACUUUCUUCAUUCAUCAUCGCGCGGUAGGAACUCACUAAUAUUCUUAGUAAUUUUCUAACAACCAUAAAUAGAUCUUAUUACCUUGAUUAUAAACUUCAUUACAUCCAUCAGAUCCGCCAAGUUUUUGUAUAGCUUAGAGAUAUAAUUCGGAAAAAGUACAGACGAAUAGCGGAAUUCUGGUAGAUAGGCCUCUCUAUCUGUUAUCAGCCCGCUCGUUGAAAUCGCGAUGGCUAAGUCAAAAUGGUGCCUAAAGAAAAAGUCGUAGAAGACUGCACGGACUGUUUGUAAAUAAGAUUUCAAGAUUUAAAUUUAUCUCCAAAAGAGAUCUCAAGUAUGUAAGGGAAACGACAAGUCCGAUAAGCUCUAUCAAAUAUGUAAAAUACAACAAACGAUAUCUAAGAUGCAUACGGUAUGGUUUACAAUUCUAAUAACCAAUCGUUGUUGAUUUCAUCUGUUGUGCGCAGGCUUAUGGUGAUGGUAUUAACGUCACGUGCAGAGGGCAUAAAUGUCUAAAAUUGUGUUUUUUUAUACGUAGGACAUUCGGCCAUAAUAAGCACAUCGCAAAAUAAUUAUACAUUUGUUUUGUGCUAAAUAAAGAUAUUUCGCCGGCCGUGUGCCAUAACGAUACAAAAGAAAGACAUUUUUGCAUCACAGUUGGAUCUAUUUUGAGAAUUUCAGGCGUAACAAUUCAGGACAGACGCAGGUGUGCCCUUCACAUUCAUUGCGAGACUGAAGCACUCUACCAGAAAGACGA